UACAUAUCCGUCUUCCAAGCCAGUUAGUUCCAAACAAAUGGUCGCGCUCGUGGUUCCGUACAGAAACCGACCUUCACAGCUGCCGAUAUUUAUAUCUAGAAUAUUUCCUUUCUUGCAACGCCAGCUUGUAGAUUUUAGGAUGUUUCUUAUAGAACAGGACCCCAGUGGAGCGUUCAAUCGAGCCAAGCUGUUCAACGUCGGAUACAACGAGUCCUCAAAGUACGGCGACUUUGACUGCUUUAUUUUCCAUGAUGUCGAUCUAAUUCCGGAGAAUGACACAAACCUUUAUCAAUGCGAGGACCAGCCCAAGCACAUGUCCCCGGCUAUGAGUUCGUUCAAUUAUAGGAUCCCAUAUUCCUCUUUUGUUGGAGGAGUCCUAGCCAUGAAUAAAACAGUCUUCCAGCUGGUGAAUGGCUUCUCCAAUCUCUACCUCGGAUGGGGAGGCGAGGAUGAUGACAUGUCAGUAAGAAUUCUCGAAAAUGGCUUCAAAGUUCGUCGACCACCUUUAGGAGCAGAUUCAAGCUUUUGGAGGAGGCGAAGACGAGAAUGGCAACUGAAGGGCUGAAUUCACUUCAAUAUAACUUGGUAUUCUCAAACACCACGAAGAAUUACGUGCACAUAAUGGCGAACCUAUAUACUAUUUGAUAUGUACAGUCAACUUUUUUAUGUAACAUUAACCUCAAUAU